CCACAGCACAGUCCUUCACAUUACAAACACAAUCACAGCAAAGUUUAUCAAACAUCAGCGUCUUAGCUCUCGCUCACCACCAUGUCUGCUCUCAAGUACACCAAUAAGCUCCAAGGCCGUCGCGUCCUCGUCGUCGGCGCCUCUUCCGGCGUGGGCUUCUGCGUUGCCGAGGCCGCUCUCGAGCACGGCGCCCAAGUCAUCAUCAGCAGCUCCAACCAGACCAAGUUGGACGGCGCCCUCGCCCGUCUCCAAGAGCACAUCAAGGCGGCCAACCUCGGAGACGCCAGCAAGCUGGUAUCAGCCAAGACCUGUGAUCUUGCAAAUGUCGAAACGCUUGAGGACAACAUUGUUGAGCUCUUGGGGUUUGCCACAAAGGACGGAAAGCUCGACCACGUUGUCUACACGGCGGGAGAUGCUCUCCGCAAUUCCAAGCUGGCGGAUGUAACGGUCAAGGACAUCCACGCCACCUUCCAGGUCCGCAACACGAGCGCCAUCAUCCUCGCAAAACACUUGACCAAGUACAUCAACUCAAGCGUCAAAAGCUCAUUCACCCUGACCGGCGGAACAAACACCCACCGCCCACUUCCCGGCUGGGGCAUCCUCGCCUCUGGCGGAGGCGCUGGCGAGGGUCUGGUGCGCGGGCUCGCCGUGGAUAUGAGGCCCGUGAGGUGCAACAGCGUCAUGCUCGGCGCUACGCACACAGAGCUGUUUGGCAUGUUUCCUCCAGACCAGCUCGAGCCGAUGUUGAAAAUGUUCAGAGACGACGCCAUCACUGGCACUGUCGCGACGCCUGAGGAAGUUGCAGAGGCUUACAUCUAUUCUAUGAAGGAUUCGUUCGCCACUGGAGCGAUUAUUGAGACACAUGGAGGUCGUCUUGUUGGUGACAGUAGGCCCUUUGGCAUUUGAUGUGAUGAAGCCGCGAGAGAGAGGGGGCAGCAUUGUGGGAAAGAUAUUUAGCGUUCCAGAAUAGAUCAAGUCGUAUAACGAAUAGAUGUUGUUCCUAGUGUUUACCUCGCCAUCUUUUCCCUAUCAUUCAAAUUGAAGCCUUUUUCCAGUCCACUGCAUAAAAGUCAUUUCUCUGGCUUGCUUUUUUCAGCUCGGAAUAUCCAGCUUAUAGUCAUCAGGAAUAGUCCCCCAGUUGUCGCACACUCCAACUAGACUUCGAGCGCCAGCAAC